AGAGAUGGAGAUCUUCCUGCUAUGAGAGGAUGCCGAUCCAUGAGGAAGGCAAUCCAUUGCUCACAGCCUCUGGCAAUCACCGAUCUUGAGGAAGAGGAGAAGGCGAAAGCAGAGAUUCAGCUCAUUCAGCCAGCAGUCUCCUUCCCUUCUCUUGCACCUUGCAAGGUUGUCCGGCCACCGGGAGAACCGAAGAAGCAUCAUCAGCUUUGGAAAAAUGGAGACCAUCAAGACCUGCAAAAUUCAACAGGAGAGGAUCCAAGUGAUCGCGGAAAAAAGGAGGCGUGAGGAUGAGAUUGAAAAUAAGCGCCAUGAGCUUGAUCAUGAUAGGCGCCAGCUGCAGCAUCUGAAGUCUAAGACUCUGAGGGAAAGAUGGCUGAUGGAAGGGGCUCCUUCCACCGAUGAAGAAGGAGAAGCCAUGAAGAAGCAGAUGGAGGAGGAGAAUCUGAAAGUCAAGGAGCUGGAAGAAGUCAUCGAAAGGCUGGAGAAAGAGAUUGGGGAACUGGAGAAUGGGACUUCGGAAUCCUCCAACAAAGAGAACUCGGAGACCUCAGAGGAGGAAUUUGACGAAGAAAAGUUCAUUUACCUGCCGACGCUGCCAAUGGGUGCAGCCAAAGUGGACAGCAAAGUCUCCCAACACCCCGUGAAAGGGCUUGAAGGCAUGAGGAAGGCAGCUGUGUACUCUGUGGAGAUCACUGUGGAGAAGGACAAACUCACGGGAGAAACCAAGGUCCUUUCCAGUACCACUAGACUUCCCCAAGACCACUCAGUCCAGGGGGUCAAAGUGUACGAGGACGAUAUGAAAGUUGUCCAUGCUCUCCAGGCUGAGGAUGGGGCUACGGAGAGUGAUAUCCAGCAGCUCAGCUCCUCUGAGGUGGACGAGCUCAUCCAAAGAGCAGACGAGGUGACCAUGAGUGAGGGCUCGGAGAAGGCCAAGCUGCUGGAUGAGGCGACGGCCAUCUCCUCCUCUGGGAAAGCACCACCUCCGAAGGAGAUCACCGGUGUCAAGGCCAAACCGAUUGAGAAGCCAAAGAUCCUGAUUUCGGAGGAUGGCCAGGAGCCCAGCCAAGACCAGCCGGUCACCAUGAUCUUCAUGGGCUACCAGGAUGUGGAAGAUGAGAACGAGACGAAGAGGGCUCUGGGGGUCGAGGGGACAGUCAAGGCGGAGCGUGUGGUGAUCAAUGAGGAGGAGGAGGACCCUCCGCUGCCUGAUUACAUGGGGAUGGACCUCUUCAUCCCCCCCAAUGGCAACGUGUUGCAGCUGAUGGAUGUCAUGAAGCCCGGGGACCAGCUGAGCCAGCACCUGACCUCUCCCCGCUAUGUCAGCCCCAAACGUUCCAAGCGCCGCGUUAAGCGCAAGAAGCAACGCUGCAAGUGCUGCUCCGUGAUGUGAGCGCCCAGCGAGCGCCCAGCCACCCACCACUCCAGAUAGCCUCUGCAGACUUACUCUGAUUUCCGCUCGACUCCAUCUUGUUGCUUACCUGUCUAAGUUCUACAAAAAGUUUCCAGCAUUUUGAUUUUUUUUGCCUUUCAUUUUUGCUUGUCAAGACAUGCUGUUCCCACCUCCAUAGGUUUGUUUGUUCAUUUUUAUCUUCAAGUGAAAGGGGGAAUAGGAGUGCAGUGCUGGUGAGAAGGUAUCCAGUUUCUAACUCACAGAGCUGCUGGUUCAUUUCUGUCUUUGCUUCCAUCCAUCCAUCGAUCCAUCAGUCUGUCCAUCCAUCCAUCCAUCCAUCCCAUGUAUUUCUUCACUCUGCAUAAGUGGAAUAAACACCAAAUAUUCUAUAUUGGAUGACGUGAUCCUUUGCCCCUUGACGGGAAACCUGAAACCAGCCUUUCUCAACCCAAUAUGCUCUCCACACGCGGAACGAUGGUUCCCUCAACCUCCCAGCCAGCUCAGUCCUAUUCCUCCGAAGGACACCAGCUUGACGAAAGCUGCCUUAAACUGCCAUGAUCAAAAAUCCCUUGAGCCCACUUCAUGAAAGACUUAAGAAGCACUUAGUAAAAACAAGGGGCCAAUUUCUCCCAUCUUAAUGGACCUGUCCCAUUUCUGUGGCCUGAAACGGGCUUUUCUCAUGGACUGAGGGGAAAAAAUGAUCAAGCAAUUUUUUGAUUAGUUUGUAGGUUCUUCAUAAAGUUCUGGGACUUUAUAGGUUCUUAGUUUGUAGGUUCUUCAUAAAGUUCUGGGACUUUAUAGGUUCUUAGUUUGUAGGUUCUUCAUAAAGUUCUGGGACUUUCAGAAUCAAGUGGCCUUGAAGAUAUCCUAAGUCUUGCUUAGGAGACAACUUUUUUUCCAGAAUAACAAUGAUGACACUCUUUUACAAAAGAAGAUUGGAAAAGAAGCCUUGCACAAAAUUAGCCUAUUUUUCCUCGUGCUUUAAAGAAGGUCCCUCCGUUUGUGCUCAACAGAAAACCAGAACUUGCUCCAAAACCAGCUCCAAAACCACGAAGAACUGACUGUAGCUCCUGGAAUACUUGGUUCUCAGCACCAACCCAAUUGUCAAAACUGACCCUGAAGGCUACAAGAACAUAGUUCUUGGGCCACUGAUCUUCACACCAUUUUUUUCAGGAACCUGAUAGUUUCUUCUCUACUCCAUAAAAAGGGGAGGGGGUCAUCCAAUCUACAUCCUGGUAGUGCAAAUCAAAAACAAUACAUAUUGAUAUGAAAUUAUGUUGGAAGGUAGAUUCCAAAAUGGAGCUCAGAGAGCUGUGCCCACUAACUUGCUUGGAAAACGGAUUCUGCAAAGAUGAACAAUGCAUAGAAAAAAGGACAAAUGCCAAUUCUUUAUGUAAGAGAAGCUAGCUGAAGCAGAAUGUGUUUACAGAAUGCACAGGAUUACAGGUACAAUCCAAAGCCAUGAGUUCUACAACUCUUAGACCCAAAUACUCAACAGGUAAAGAUGGAGAAGAGAUCCCUGGAGUUGACCUUUUAAUGCAGACUUGCUGAAUUUUACCAUUUCCAUUGAAAAUGCCAACAGGGUUUUUUUUACCCUUCAAAAUCCACAUGUUUCCAAAUUUUGAGGUGGACUUCCCCAAUCCAAAACUCCCCAUACCAGCGUGCAUAUGUCACGGGGAAGCGCGCUGAGAUAAACAUAUCUUAUUGAAAGCAGCACUUUAAAAUGCUUUCUUUAGAAUAUUGGGCAAAAAUCCCUACCAGCUUUCAUGCAAAAUUUCCCCUUGAAUUUGGGAACGAUGAGAAUUUAAAAUGGGUUAAAUUUGGAUUAAAUGGAUUUGCAGAGUUUUGUGGUGAAGAAAAUUUAAGAGUGGGAGGAUGAGGACCCCCUGGAAAAUCAAAGGGACAUCUGUCCAUCCUCACAGGGGGUCCAGCCCAUGGGGUCCCAUACCUUCGAUGGAAGGAGCAUUUGCCACUCCGUCCUUUCCUGGCUCUGGAAUUUGGAAAUUGACGUCCCUGGGGGUGGUAUUUGAGCCAUCAUUUCAUACCAGCUUCUGUGGUAGCUGGCAGUAAAACACUUUUCUUAUUCCUGCCCCACCAUCUUUUUUAAGAAAGAGACCUUGACAACAUGGGAUGUGUAAAUGCAAUUAAAGAUUGACCUUUGCCCAAGUCCUUCCCAAAUCAAAGUGGAACCAAGUCAAGUCAUAUUAUCUUGGCAACUCAUUGUACCUGGCUUGAAAAGUAGAAUAAUCAUCACAAUAGUAAUCAACAAUAUUCAACAAUAUUCAACAAUAAUCAAGAAUGUUCAUAAUAGUAGUCAUAAUAAUCAUAUUCAUAGUAAUAGUAAUGAACUAUAUUCAACAAUAUUCAACAAUAAUCACAUAAUCGUAGUCAUACUAAUCAUAUUCAUAAUAAACACAAUGAUCAUAGCUUAGUUCACUAUUUGCUUUCUUCUGAAAACGCUCAAAGUCAGGCACCAGAGAAACCUGCCCCAGGUCCCCACAAGCCGUUCUCCACCUUUCCCUGUCUGAGUCUUUCUUGUGUUGUUCGCUUGUGAAUGAUGUUCAGUGCAGCCCUGUGCUUGGUAACGGGCUGGGAUCUCUCUUGGACAAAAGGUGUGUGAGGUCCAUAGAGUGCAGCUUGCAGAAAGGCCUGCCUUCGCACGCGGAAGUGCCAAAGUGGACAGCUCCUCCUCCAUCCCUGGGUCUUGCAGCAGAGAGCGCGGGAAUGACUUGGAUUUCACGGGUCCCUGGGAGGGCCAGACCCCCCGAGUGCCCACCGUCGGGAGGAGUUGCACCGCAGCUCCCGGCUGCUCUGAGCCAUGCUGGCGGAGCCGUACGACCCACCUGGAGCCGGCCUGCAGGGUAAGACUUCUCCAAACACGUGAUUCCCAAGGCCUUUGGACACCCAGAAGGACUGCCCACCUGCUCCCCUGGAGGACCACCUUCCCGGCAAUCGGGAUGGCAAAGCCGGUAAUAACACCUCUUGCCUUCUUUUUGGGGUGAGAAGCUGGGCAGAGCACUUGGGGGAGUCCACUGCCUCCCCUCGAGCCCCCAAGUGCUGGGCCGGAGAUUGGGUCCUCCUUUUCUGAGCUCAGAGGUCUGGCAGCAAAGGAGCUGUCUGGGGUCCUGCCACAGCCAUCAGCUCCCCCAGAGGAUCUGACACAUCUUUCUCCCUGCCCCUAAGCACAAAAACAUUCAGGAACAUACCAGCUCUGCCUGCGGGGACGGGCACAGAAGGCCUGGGCAGCUCUUUCAUGCUGGGACAGCCUGCCAUUGGUUUGGGAGCAUCUGCUUUCGAGGGGCUCCCUUGGUCAAGAAAGGGGAGACUAAGACCUCCCUUCCCUCAGAAGGACCCACAUCAAACUGGGAAUCUCUCCUCGUGAGGAUUUCUUCUGCACACCCCUGCACGGUAGGACAGUCGUUUCCCUGCAAAGGAGCACCCCACAGGCGCCCUGCUGUGUUUCCCUGGAACCAGCAGAGUGACCUUUGGUGGGGCAGAAAAUGUGAUCAUUAGAAGGGGCCAGUCUAUUUAGGCCGGGGCUCCUUUGAGGUUUCGGAUGCCUGCACCGUGCCCAUUUCCAUCCAGGGGUGCCAGAUUAGGGUCAGAAAACAUCACUAAUGAUGCAAUGCGUUGCAUUUGCUGCCUUGUUAAGGAAAUAUCUGGGCAAGUUUAGAGUCAGCAGUCAACAAUUCUGCAGUGGAAGGCAGAGAGAGGAGGGGGAAAGCAACCCUACAGGAGAGGUCCAGUUAUCCCUUGAAUGAGUUGGUGUCAUGUGAAUCCUUUCCACAGGGAGACCGGAAUAGGUCAGGACAUCCUUGCAAAACAUCUCUACCUAUUUCGGGGGAAAGGAGAGGGAAAUGUUGCACCCCACAAGCUCCAAACCAACGGAGGCAGGGGAUUUCCCAAGACUUGGUUCUGCUUGUCAUCUGGCAUCCAUGGUGCUGAAGGAUGGCCUGCCAGUUGAUCCCAAGUGGGACCUUGUUUUCCCAGUAUCUCCCAAGCUGGCGAUCUGUUGACUGACCCGGGGCAGCGCUGACCACACCAUCCAGAAAGUGUUCCUCCUCUUGUGCUUAUGGCCAGGUGUGCAGAUGUAGCCAUCCGAGGAUGAGCUGAACCGCCAAGGGGGCCGUGCCAGGAUUCCAGGCAGGGCGGGGGUCUUUGCCACAGGCCCCGAAGAGGGUCAAGUCCACCACGAGCUCCACCUCCCUGACAACGGACUGCGAUCUCUGUAACUGCCCCAGUUUUCUUUCAGCAAGACAGGACCCCAUGGCCUUCAAGAAAGCAGCACCAGCGGUGAACUUAUGUCCACCAUGCCUUGAUAUGUCCGAUGGAGCCUCCCAGAGCCGGCUGUGAAGGAGAGACCGGAGGACACCCAGCGAGAAAGCGACAUGCAUGCACACCCCUUUCCUACGAGGCCUCGGACGGGGGGAUCCCCGGGGGCCGAGUGGGGCAGCCUGCCCUGCCCCACAGAUCCUGUAGUUAGCGUGUGCCACAUUUCUCCUCCCAGCAUCACCUCUGGUCGCCGUCGCAAUGAGUAACAUCUGUGUCUAUCGCAAAUUUCGGGGCAAAUUUCUCGAGCCCCCCAGCAGCUAGAAGUACACUUUUCUCUUUCUCUUGAGCUUUACAAUUGCUACAAUCAAUUUCCGCUUCUCCAAUAUUGGCUGUAUUAUGCUAAGCUGAGCAAAUAAACGGAGUGAAUC